UAAAAUAGCCCUUCCCCUGUCUCUCACGAAACCCUCUUCCGAAAUCCGAAAAUAUGCCUUCCGCCUCCGUCUUCUUUUCGUGCUUGCCGGAAAAUCGGUUGUCAUUCUGUUCCUCUGUGAUGAUAAGAACAAGUUUGGGAGACAUGGGAAUAGACUUGUUUACCUCUUUAACGUGCAAGAUUUUUUCGAAGUUGUGCAAAAUUAAUUAUUACGAUGGUUGUGAUUCCGUUGUGCAGACGGGAGAUGAUUCAUACAAAUUUCUAUAUGGUGAUCAGGCUCGGCAUUCGGAUUUGAAACGAGCCAUGGCUAGCGCUGGAGAGAAUAAUCUAAAUGCUACUAAGUUACGUGAUACAGAUCUGGACAACCUUGAUGGGAAACGUACUGUUUCUGGAGAGCGGGACCUUCUUUAUGCUGAGAUAAAACCCCGUGUGCUCUGGGUUUGUAAUUUGAAUUCAGUAACUGAAGACGAAGACCUAUAUACAAUCUUCUCACGCUUUGGAACCGUGGCAUCUGCUGAAAUUAUUAGAGAUCGCGAGACUGGGGAUAGCCACUGUUAUGGUUUCAUUGAGUUUGAGGACAAUGAGGCCUGUGAGUUAGCAUAUUUUAAGAUGAUUAAUGCUGUAAUUGAUGAUCGAAGGAUUCACGUUGGUUUCAGUCAGAGUGUCGCAAAGUCAUGGAACCAAUAUUGAACAAGACAGCAAGCAGCAUGACGGAGAUGGUAAGGCUGAUAGAUAUUGGUUUAAAGAUUUUGAGUUACAGUUUUAGCUAUAACUAUAUGUUAAGCCUCUUUUUACCAGAUUCAGUUAUGCUUACUUUGGCAUUAACAAACCUUUAACCCCACAAAGAUUAGUAAUGUUUUUAUUGCUU